AUGGCAAAGAUGAGCGCCGCAGUACCGAUCACCCCGAGUGUAACACCCAAGCCAAUGCCGAUCUUCUCGCCUGUUGACAUUCCGCCGUCUCUGGCAGGGCCGUUCGAACCGGAAGCAGUUGGUGACGGGCCGGUUGUCGACAUAGCUGGCGAUGCGGAUGUGAAGGACGAGCCUGAGAAGCUUAUAGAGCCACCGGAAGGGCUUGGUGUAGAGGUCGGAGCUCCGACACUCGAAUCUCGGGCUGCCGUCGUUGUCUCAAUAGUCCAGUCAUUAGACGAGCCAUAA